UUUUCUGUUUUGCUUUAUUACGUUAGUAAACUCCUAUCUUAUCAUAAUAUCUAUCUCCCUUUUUUAUUUGUUCCCCUCUUUUGCUUAUUAAUAAUUAAUUACUGUACUAUAUCUGAAAUGAGCUGAAGCUCUGCAUUAGUGUGUAAACCCCAGCUCUGUGCAGAUGAUCUGUGAGGAUGUCUGAAGGAGUAAACCACCUCGAGUCAGCCCUUUUGGAUGAUACAGCUGGUGGAGAGUUUGCUGCAGAGAGGAGCAGAACCCAACCUGGUGCUGGAUGGAGGCGUGGCCGCAGUGCAUCUGGCUGCAGGGAAGGAGUCGGAAAAAGGUCUCCGGUGCCUUAAAGUGCUCCUGCAGCACGGUGCUGAUCCAAACCUCAGGUCCAGUGAGGAUUUGACUCCGUUACACAUCGCAGCUUUAUGGGGCUGCUACCAGAACCUCAAACUCCUGCUGAAGAAUGGAGGAGACUCAAGCCUGAGAGACCAGGGAGGGAAUAAAGCAGUGGAUUUGGCGGAACAGGAGGAAAACAGUAAAUGUGCCAGCAUUCUUCAGGAAUACGAGUCGCGCACACCCAAGGUGGAAUUUGAGGAUUUACCCAAAUUCAACUACUCGCUCUACUCAGGCCACUCGAUGAGAGACUGCAGCAUGAACCUGACGCUGAUGAGUGAUUUUGGAGACGAGCCACUCAGCAGCACCCGAUAUUCCUCAUUUUCCUGGAAAUCUGAGAAUAACAGGCUACACAUGGCGCGAGACCCUCACGAAUCUUGGUUGUCUGACGUCUCAGGUAUUAAUGCACGUGAUAGCGGUGUGUUUAACAGAGAAGACAUGGGCAGGUCUCUUCCUCCGGUUCUCUCCAGUACUCGGCUCUCAGGGACAGACUUCAGAAAAAGUCCGGAAGCGGCCCAGGCGGCUGGUAUUUUCACGCCGAGUCGUAAGAGUGUGACAUUCAGAGACUAUGAUGAGUAUUUCCCGGAUGUGAAACAAAGCGACGAUGAGGCCAGCGACUCCAAAGACUCGGUGGUGGAUUUCUCCCUGUAUCCCGGCUUCUUGCACUCGGAACGCAUGACUACCGUGCUGCAGAAUCAGGGGAUUGAUGUGACAUCUCCAGAUGACGUGUUUGUCUUCAGCAGAGAAGGAAACAUCACUGAGGAUUUUGAUAAGACUGUAGUGGGAGGGACAGCUCUAUCGGAGGAGGAGGAGGAUAACCACGAUGAAGUAUUUGUAGGUAAAGUGGAUGAACUGAAAGGCGUCGCUCACACCACUGUCAGCAGUAACAGUGAGUCGAGUCAGUACAGCAGCUGCGACAGCGAGCCGUACAAGACCACCAUCGAAGCACCGUUACCUUCUGAAAGCAUCUCACCAGUGGAAAAAGAUGGAGAGACUAAGGGAAGUUUAGACUCUGAAAGCGUGAAGAAAGAAGACACUAAAUUGCAGUCACGAGCGUGUGAUGAUGAGAUUAAAGAGACUUCCUUUACUCCAAGUCCGUUCGUCACAGGCAGGACCCGUUCACGCCUCAGUCGCUGCUCCCAGAGAAACAGCACCUCGUCUUUUUCUUCCUCAUCUCUCUUCGAGCAGACGCUUCCUACGCCGACACGAGUGCGCAGAGACAUGACAAAAUCGGACAAACUUCACCGGAGACGCCUCUCUGAGGAUGACAGAGAAGCAGAUUUUGAUUCCCAAAUGUCGAAUCUCUGCAUUUCUUCCCAACUCCAUGGCAGCCAAGCGGACACUCUGAUCAUCUCCGGAAGCAUGGCAGAUACCAUCAUCAUUCCAAGAGGUGACACUGAUGAGAGUUCGGAACCUGGAACAUCUUCGAUAUCGUCUUACCGAGAGGAGGAUGUGUUCACAGAGGACAAGGAGUUUUUAACAUCUGAUGUUUCCACAUUGAGCUCAGAAAUACACAGAAACAGCAAUUCCCAGGACUCCUCCUCCGGCUCAAGGUCAAGUUUCAGUCAAGCACUCGAGACUGUAUCCACUGGCUGCACGCCCAGAUACAGCAUGAGCCGAAUCUGCAACAGUUCCCAAACGCACUCGCUCGCCAACCUGUCCCACACUCCCGGAGGACGUCCUCUCAUCACGGACAUGGAUGAGCCGGUGGAGUAUCUUUACACCGAUACUGAGGAGGGACACGAGCUGAUUGAGACACACGUCCCUCCAACGUCCAACACGUCUCUUAGCUCCUCUGUCAGCGAGGAGACUGUCAUCUACGACUGGCGCUCCAUACAGGCGACAACCACAAGUUUGGAGAAGGGAAAAGAAAACCACUGUCCUAAUGAAGUGGUGGAGAGUGUCAAUAUCUCGGAGACAGAAGGGUUAACAGACCGAGAGCUCAGACAGAAACUAAUCAAACUGGGAGAGGAACCUGGACCCAUCAACAGACACACACGCCAUCUGUACAUUCAAAAACUACGAACACUGCAGAAGACACAUGUUAUUCAGAAAUCAGUACAGGAUGAACAGACUGAAGUCAGCGUAACAGGUUACAGUCCGGAGCUGAAUAAAGUCUUGUGUUCCUUUCACCUGCCUGACUGUAAGGCGGAUGAGUUUGCAGUCUGUGAGCAGUUUGAUCAGCCUGAUCAGAAUAAACGCUGGCGUGAAGGCAUCAUCAAGUCCAGCUUUAACUACCUGUUACUUGACCCCAGAGUAACGAAGAACCUGCCAUACCGCAGUCAGGUCAUGACUAUUCACGAGUGUUUCCAGACUUUCAUCAGCUCCAUAUUCUAUGUGGGAAAAGGCAAACGCUCUCGACCUUACAGCCACCUUUAUGAAGCUCUUGAGUAUUUCAAAGGAGACAAAUCAUCCAAGAAGCUCAGCUCGAAAGUGCAGCACAUCCUGCAGGUAUGGAACUGUGGCCAUGGUGUCAUCUCACUGCACUGCUUCCAGAACGUCAUACCUGUGGAGGCGUACACACGUGAGGCCUGCAUGGUGGAUGCCAUCGGGCUUAAGAUGCUGACCAAUCAGAAGCGAGGUGAUUAUUAUGGGAUGGUCUCCACCUGGCCUGCUAAGAGGCAGCGUGAGCUUGGAGUUCACCUGCUGUACAGAGCCAUGCAGAUCUUCCUGGCUGAGGGAGAGAGACAACUCCGACCUGCCGAUAUCAGGCGAUGAUGUCAUACCCUGUCUGUGACCACAACACUGAGCAUUAGAGACCAUUUUGGGAUAAAUUAUACAGUCAGGUCAAAGAAGCUGAGUCCAAUAUGCUGAGUGCACUAGAAAGAUUUUAAUCUAUCAGUUGUGAAACACUAUACUCGUGUCCUUUCUAGUGCCCUACUCCCUAUGCCCUAUGUGUAGGCAGUUUAGUCUGUAAAUUAUACUUCAGUAUCAUUUUACACAAUAAAAAAGACAAAAGUCUCUCUCACUCAUUCACUCACUCACAUGCUCUAUAUAACGCUCAUCUGGUUCAUGGUUGUGGGCCUGGAGCCCAUCCCAGGGAACUUAGCACUAGGCAGGGUAUAUCCUGGACGGGGUGCCAGUCCAUCGCAGGGCACAAACACACUUACUUCAACCCAUAGAAAUCUUAGUUACAGUUUUACAUUUGACUGUUACAAAGUGCUGACUCUGGGGAUUCUUCCAUAACUGUAAAAAGAAUUAAAAAUAAUACCUACAGAAAACUUAUUGAUGACUUUGUUACUAUAGAAAUGAUAAUGCAUUAGCACAAGAGCAUUGAUGUAAACCUGUGAUUUGCAGCUGCACUUUUGUCAGAGCUGCUGUUAUAAAAAAAAUAAUCAACACCUUCAGAGUCCAGAAUUCAGCAGUGACAGGUGAUAGUGUUUAAUAUCUGAUGGACUAAAAUUUACCAUUUUAUCGUGCACUCUGUAGCAGUGUAUUUUAUUUGUCACAUCACCAAACACAAAAUUUAAAAAACUUUGAUAUAACAGGGGGCACUAAGGACACAAUCAUUUUGGAUGAAAAGGUCUUAAAAUUUGUGAUACUGUGCUGCUGCUUUUUUUUUAUUAAUGAAUUAUUAAUGCUUACUGAGUGUAAAUAAUUUGUAAGAUGAUCUGAUAACUGGAAUGCAGCCUACUAUAUGAAGUGGACUGAAAUAACUUUUAAGUCAGUUAUGAACUAUUAUGCGGAAAAACACUGAACUUGCAGGAAUCACACCCACCCACAGAGAUUUAGAGUUUUUUAGUCCUGUAGUGAUUUGAAUAGUGUCAGAAAUGAAUGGAAGGACAUUUACAGCACUGGGAUCAAAAUGUGAAAAUAUUAAUUACAAUCGGAAUGUAAAUAAA